UAUGUCCUGAUUGUUUCAUUUUGUCGCCAAAAUAUAGCAUUUAAAGAGGAUCAAGUUUUGUUAAUCCUUUCCUUAAGUUAUAGGAUGCGGAAUGAAAAAGUCCAACGUGUGUCAAGCCACGUUGUUCCAGAGUUGGGGACGACCAGCUCAAUCUACCUCGUUGAGAAGUACAAAUUCGAAGACGCCUGGAGCAAUCAAAAGUCAAGUUCACAACGAUGCUGUAGAUUUAAUAGAGAUAGGAGAUGAUGACGGUGAUGAUGAAUUACUGGCUGCUGCAGAAGGAAUGUUUCCUUUCGACGAAGUUGCGUUUGAAGCGAAAUACAGUGGGGGCUGUGAAGUGAACGCCAAUAACAUCACCGAGAAAUCCGACGAAGUUGAAAUUAUUCCAGGUUUUGAUGUCGAGGCUGGAAAUGUUUGGAUUUACCCGACAAAUUAUCCUAUAAGGAAUUAUCAGUUCGAUAUUGUUGAGAAAGCUCUUUAUAAGAACACCUUAGUUACUUUACCAACCGGAUUGGGGAAGACUUUCAUUGCUGCUGUUGUUAUGUACAAUUUCUUUCGAUGGUACCCACAGGGAAAGGUUAUAUUUAUGGCUCCCACUAAACCACUGGUUGCACAACAGAUUGAAGCGUGCUAUAAAAUCAUGGGUAUUCCGCAGAGUGACACAGCAGAAAUGACCGGAAACAUGGCUCCUAAUAAACGGCAGUCUUUGUGGAGGAUGAGAAGAGUUUUCUUUCUAACUCCACAAGUUCUGCAAAAUGAUCUGAUUCGUGGAUCAUGCAAAGCUGAAGAAGUUAUCCUUCUUGUUGCUGAUGAAGCUCAUAAAGCUCUUGGAAAUCAUGCUUACUGUCAGGUUGUAAGGGAAAUCUCUGGCUAUAACAGGAAUUUUAGAGUUCUUGCUCUCAGUGCAACACCUGGGGAUGAUCUAGAGGCUGUUCAACAAGUCAUCACUAACCUCUUGAUCUCGCACAUGGAGCUGCGCUCUGAAGAGUCCCCUGAUAUUCAGCCCUAUACACACAGUCGGCAGGUUGAAAAAGUGGUUGUCUCUCUUGGGGAAGAUAUUGCUAAAGUAAAAAGUUCAUAUCUGAAGAUCCUUGAAGCCAUUGUGGGCCGUCUGUUUUGCCAACGAGUGUUGUGGAACAAAGAUCCUCAACGUGUCACUAAAUUCAUGUUGUUGACUGCACGAGACCAGUUCAGGAAGAGAAUGAAUGAACAAGGCGGAUGUGAUCGCAAUCGACUGGGACAAAUUGAAGGGGACUUUGCUAUGUGCAUCAGCCUGUACCACGCGUAUGAGCUCCUACUCCAGCAUGGAAUUUUGUCAUUCUACAACUUCAUUAAAGCCAUCAUUGAUGGAACAAGAGGGAUGCCGCGCGCCAAGGCCGAAAUCAUGAAACACCACGAGUUUACACAGCUGAUGGAUGAAUUGCGAGAGGAAAUUGAACCUCCAGUGGAAAACAGUGCGAACGAAAGCCUUCUCUUUUCGCAAUUUUCACCAAGAAGGCGCGCGCUCAUGAAUGUUCCAAAACCGAGUACUACAUUCAAGAGUCAUCCCAAGCUCUUGAAACUUAAGGAAAUUGUGCUUGAACACUUUGAGAAGUUCCAGGGAAAGAGUGAUGAGGACUCAAAAGGCGUAGCUACCCGUGUGAUGAUAUUUUCACAGUACAGAGACAGUGUGAACGAGAUAGCCGCGUUGUUAUCUCGUCAUAAGCCUCUGGUGCGAGUAAUGAGUUUUAUUGGACAGCAGACAACUGGAAAGAGUGUCAGAGGACUUUCACAGAAAGAACAGUUGCAGGUUGUACAGCGGUUUCGUCAAGGUGGUUACAAUACAUUGGUAGCCACGUGCGUCGGCGAGGAGGGUCUGGACAUAGGCGAAGUCGACCUUAUUGUGUGUUUUGAUGCGCAUGCGUCUCCCAUACGCCUUGUGCAGAGAAUGGGGCGAACAGGAAGGAAAAGAGACGGACGCAUAGUAGUUCUCGUGACUGAAGGCAAAGAGGAACAGGUUUACAUGAAAAGUCAAAGGAGUAAAAAGUCGAUACACAAAGCUGUCGCCCAGGCUACCAAAUCUUUUGAUCUCUACUCGGACAACCCUCGAAUGGUUCCUCGUCAUAUUGUUCCGUCUGUGCUGAAAAUGGAGAUGACUAUUGGGAAGUUUAUAGGUCAGAGCAAAGGGAAAAAGAAGAAAAGGCCUUCAGAAGGAGCUGACAUCAAAAAUUUCACAAGUAAAACUGCAACAACCACAUCAAAGAAAGACAACGGUCUCUUGACCUACGAGGAAUUAGUUUACUGGCAGGAACAUUUUAAACUUCCCGAUCACGAGGCGGGUUUGUCACCACAAUUAGCAAUUACUAAGAAAUCGAGGCGUUCAUCAGCAGGGGCUAGGAAAUCUGUCGUGCAACCCUCUUUGACAGAAUGGCUCCCCUGGCAGACUACACUACAACCUGUGAAGGCUGUUUCACAUUCCCGUCGCACAGAACAUUUUGUUGAACUUUUGGAGUUCACGGAGCUUCAUAGUGGCGGAGGAGUUGACGAUGAAAGCUAUGACCUGGAAAUGAUGUCAUUUUUGAACGAAGGAGACAUCAUAAAGCCGGGGCAAAAGGAAAGUGAUGAAAAUAAUAGUGUUUUGCCUGAAAAUGAUGGUACUGUUUGCGAGGGAAGCGAAGGCCGACGCAAGGUCACCAAGAAAAGCAAGAAGACGCGAAAAAAGCUUGAAAUGGAAGGUGGACCUGAUUUGCAAGUUGACAGAAAGUGUCCGAGUAAAGAAGAGAAUUCAGUUGGUAAUACCAGCGAUAAGAACUCGAAGAUAAGUGGCACGAAGUUAAAAAAGCGCUCACCGAAAAACAAAGCUCGUUGGAAAGCGUUUCUGAAGCAGCUUGAUGAUAAAGAAGACGAAGAUUUCCAAACUGAUGGCAUGAACGUGGCUUCAGGUGUAGACGAAGACGAUGAAGUUAGCAAUUGUCUCCUAGGACAACCUGGCGAUACAUUGAUGGAGGAUUUGCCCGAUGUGGGAGAACACUGGGAACCUGACAAAAACCCCACAGAGGCUGAUGGUGAGUGUGCAAGCCUUGGCGACAAGAAAGAACCAGAAAAAAUGGAAGGAAAUCUAGAUGGUGAUGGCAGUGACCUCUCCGAUGCAGCCUCUGACGAAAUGACAAGUCUUUUUCCCAGUGUAACUACCCAGUCACAAGGAACCAUGCCAGGUUUUUUGCCUCAGAAAAAUAGAUUUUCAGUCACAGUCGGGGCAGUGCCAUCGCCACCCAACUUAGACGCUUUGGACAAAAUGAGUUUGUCGUCUGAGAGCUCAGACUUGAAUGACUUUAACAAAGACAUGGAGGAGAUCCAGAGAGAAUAUUUUGUAAACUCGCUUGAUUCAGGAGCUGAUUUGCCGCGAGUUUGUGUGGAAAAAGACUCGUUGGAGGAGGAACCAUUUCUUAUGGCUGAUUUUCUUGACACGGAGGUUAUGGAAAGUCAGGAUUUAGAAAAUAGUAGCAAAGAGCAGAAAGAUUUUGUUUCCUCGUUUUCUAACGAAAAUAAACCUUACAAGGACCAGGUUAUCUAUCAAGAAAUGCAUAAUUCGACAUAUGGAAACCCGAAACCCAGCCAUGGUGUAGACAUGCUUGAAGAGCAAGACGAGAUUGCCGCGAGGAGGAAGAGUUACGCGCAGGAGGUCACGAUGAACGUGCGCGGAAUCUCGAAUAGUUUUCUGUCAGAAUUGGAGAGUAACGUCUUAGCAAAGGCAGUAAAUGAUUCUGGCAAAGAGGAGAAAGGGUAUACUGAAGAUCUUUUUAUGGACGCGGCAGAUGAUGAUGCCCUCACAGAUGUAACGCUACCUACAGAUGGUAAUGUUGGUGAAAAGUACGCCAAGGAUGACAAAAACAGGCCUGGCGACGAAACCUUGUCACCGAGAAGUGAACAUGUGGGAGAGAUAUCGAUUAAGAAAGACAACCAUGAGGCUAAGAAGUGUGAAGCUAGGUUGGAGAUUUCGGAGCGUGUUGGUGAACAGUUUUGUACGGCAGGGUCUUCAGUAAAGAUGGAUCAGAAAAGUUCAAAGUCUCAUGGUAUCAACGGCUUACGACACCUUUCAACAAAUGAGCAAAAUUCUAGAAAUGAUGGAACUGAAAAGAUUUUUCAGGAAGGAAUUGAACCGCGUGCUUCAUCUUCACUUGAAAUACGUACUAGGGGAGAACAUCCGAGCUCAACUUCUCACAAUGAUAUAUUUAUAUCAGACAAAAAGGAAUCAAGGAAUUCUGGCGCAACCCCGUUUAUAGAAACAGAGAGUUUACAAACUGGCAAGUUAGAUUUGGGAAAUAAGCACCAACCGGGUUAUUCUUGGAACGAGUUACCGUCGUCGGAAAUAAAUAAAGAAUCGCACAUAAAUGCGCUUGGAAAGAAAGUAACUGUGAUUAAUGAGAGCGGCUCGGUUGGUCACAAUGUUGGUGAUAACGGUGGUCGCAAUGUUGGCAUUAAUACUGGUGACAGUGUUGGUAGUAAUGCUGCUAACAAUCCUUGUAGGUCACCGCUACCCAAGAAACUAAAGCUUAGCUUGAAACGCACCUCGCCAAAAGACAAGAGAUCUCUUCCGAUGAAAACAAAAGACAAUGGUUUACUUUUUCCAGGGACGAAAUCGUUGAACUUGAGUCGCUCAAAGUCGCUCAGCGAUAAAUCAGUGAACGACAAUUCCUGUGGAGUGAACAUAGAGAUACCAGAAGUGAAUUCGUUAGCUAGGCCCAUGGAAUGUAGCAGCCCAGAGACAUCAGUGAAACAGUCUUCAAAGACAAGCAUGGCUUUCACUGGCUCAUCUCUCGACCGUGAGGAACAUUUAGCGAAUUCUUCAAAUUUACGAACUGAGAAUGGCAAUGUUGUAGCGGUAAUGGAAAGUGAUGAUGAUGAUGAAGAUGAAAGUGUCAUCCGUCCUGUGGGAAGGGCGAUUUCUCGAAGAAAGAGAGUUUUGUCGAGUCCCUGUUCCCAAGAGUUUAGAAAACCGGCCAGUCCUGAGAAAAGCAAAUCCAAUCAGCGCAUCGGUUUUUCGUCAUGUAAUCCACAGCUAGAAUCAAACAGCGAUGAGGAGUUUGAAACCGGUAAACCAGCUCGAAGCCGAUCUGACGUUGGAAGAGCUCCUUCCGCUACAUUCAGGGCUCACAAGAGAAAUUCUUUUGAGAUCGGUGGGAAGCAACGUUCGCGAAAGUCAGUUUCUUCUCUCCCAAAGAAAAUCAGAUUUCGGAAAAACCACUUCCUAGACGAUGAAGCUGAAUUGUCAGACAGUGACAUCAACGACUUCUCGUCCGAUGAAGCAGACAACUGUGAUGAGGACGAAGAUGAAAUGGACAGCUUCAUAGAUGAUGCUACUCAACUGACUCAAAGACCUCCUUCGGCGGCGAAACAGCAUCACGCUAGCUCCCCAGUGGACAUGAUGGCGGUAUACAGACAAUCUUUACGAAGUCCUCUUUGCGGCGCCUUAAAAUUUCGAACGCCUUUGUUCCAUAAGCAACGAAAUAAGUAUAAAAUGGUCUAUAAACGCGGAAAUGUUGAUGAUGAUAGCCAAUCCGAAGCAGAGGAAACUUACGAAUCAGAGAGCGUUCUUGAAAACGAGGUCGAAUCGGAUAAUGAAAGUGAGGCAGAAAUUCAACAUGAAACCGAGGUUGAGAAUGGUCACUGGAACGGUCAGGCAUGCGCAGACGCAUCUUUCGAGGGGAGCCAAAUCGGCCGUCCGGCGAAGCGUAUGAAGCGAAAGCGAAUUUUAGAUGACAGUUUUGACAGAGAAGUUUCACCUAAGCUGAGCAAGGUGAAUUCGUCGGCCAUCGAUUGCAAGGAAGGAAGUAAUGCAGAAGACACUUCAAAACCCGAUGCCUCACAAAUGAAAAAGACAAAUCAGCACAGAAGCUGUGCAUUUGGGAACUUUUCGAUCGAGAGAAACGGUAGUAGGAAGACACUUCACACUGACUUCGUCAAGUCAUCUGAUGUUAUGGCCGCGAAAAAAGAAUUUCAAAGGAGCGACUCGGCUCUAAGGCGGUCAGCGGGUGGUAAGGGAAGUAUUCGCAAAUCUGGGGCUUUCGUGGACGACUGGAGCAACGAUGUCAGUGACGGUGAUUUAUUGAUCGCCCUUGACGACAAAGAUGUGCGGACUCCGGAGAACGCAAAGGCCAAAAGGAAACCUUCAAGUGACCAACUGAGGGGUGACGGCUUGGAUCAAAUUGAUGUUGCCAUGGAUAUAAUAGAUAAUGAUGCUGCCAUGGAUAUUAAGAAGUCUCCAAAUUUCUCACUUGGUUUUGACUUUUUAUGGGAAGUGGUUUAUGCAAAUCGUGAAAAUACAGAAAAUGACGACUCAUCAAAAGACAAGUCAGCGAUACUAAAGCAAAGAAAUGAAAUCUCAAAGGAAACUUUCACCAAGAUAAGGCAGUGCUCGAACCAGACCUCAGAAAAAUGGUACCAGCUGCCUGUUGAUCCACAGGCAAGGAAUAAAGGUUUUGUUGAGAAGGCUCCACGUCCAUUCACUACAAAACAAAUAGUUGUACCAUUGAACGUUACAAAAUCGAAUAUCUGUGAGGACAGGACAGUCAUUUCUGGUCAAAGACACCCUUUGAAAAAUCCACUUACGCUGCACAACAAAAGUUCACUGCAUAAUGAUGGUCAGCAUCCAUCCGUCGGUACGCAUGCGAAGAUGCAAGUUGUAACUCCUUCUUGUCGACCUAAUAAUCUUAGUUCCAGACCAGCGAUUAGCCAUUUACUCACGUCUUCACAGAAGGACAAGGGAAAGACCGUUAUCCUAGUUGACGCUCGGGAAAUCUCCAGUUCUCAGGUUGUGUCAACUUUACGCCUAAAGCACAAUAUCAAGGCGGAAGUAUGUCAGCUGACCAGCUGUGAUUACAUUGUCAGUAACAGAAUGGCUGUGAAGAGGAAAACAGCUUCCGAUGUUGCUCAUGGAGCAAACAGUCACAAGCUUGUGGAGUGCAUACGCAGAAUGUGUGAUCUGUAUGACAGGCCUUGCUUGAUUAUUGAAAAAGACCGCGUUAAACCUGGAGAAACAGAGAAAAACUUUAUUAAAACCAAAGCAUACAUUUUCACCCUGGCUAGCAUUGCGCAGACUCACGUCAAGAUGGUGUUCAGCGACUCACAAGAGGAAACUGCUCGCCUUUUAACGGAUCUUGCCACCGUUGAAACUAUGAAGGGAAUGGCGAUUACAGCGUCAACUGCUCUGAACAAGGAACACGAACAGUUUUUCCGUGUUGUGGCAAGUAUUCCACGUGUCAGCUACGUUACAGCCCUUAAUCUGUGCUCGUCGUACAGAACACUUGGCGAAAUCGUGAACAGCACACCAGCAGAGCUGGAAAAAAGAACUCCUGGCUUGUCAAGUCCUCGUGCUGCCGAGAUCCACAAAUAUCUUCGACACAAGUUUAACUCCAACAUGAUUUCUGUCAAGAAAUGAAUAUUUUAGGUUCUUUCCACAAUUGUGCAAUAAAAAAUUAGCGCGUUUAGGUAGCACGGCACCUCUUUCGUUCUGAAUUGAAGAACGUUUGAGAAACAAAUAUAUCAAACAGAACAAUUAAUUUAAUGAAAUGAAAAUGGAAAUUAUUUAAAAUAAAAAGAUGUAAAAUGUUUCA